CGGUGAUUAAGGGCGUUAAUUAGUUUAUGCGUGUAUUUGAUGGUGUGUGGUUCAGACGCCGCUUUUGCGAACGCAUUUUGUUGCAAAAAUGAGUGGUGGAGGAGGAACCCCUUACAUUGGCAGUAAGAUAAGUUUAAUAUCAAAGGCACAGAUUCGCUAUGAGGGUAUAUUGUCCUCUGUCGACACGGAGAGGUCGACGGUUGCCUUAGCCAAAGUUAAAUCCUAUGGCACAGAGGACCGGCACACAGACAGACCAGUGCCACCCAAAGAUGAAAUUUAUGAGUACAUAAUCUUCAGAGGCAGCGACAUUAAAGACAUCACAGUGUCAGAACCACCAAAACCACAUCAUGGGCUGCCUCGUGACCCAGCUAUUGUACAGGUGUGUGGCUCAGAGAGGUCAUCUAUUGGCAACCCCUCUGCUGCUUAUCACCCACGCUGGAGUCCAUACAGAGACAUGAUGCCCACCUACAACCAGCUGGCUGCUAGUUCUCUACUGAACCAGCAGUACAACGCAGCCCUGGGUCUAGGACUCCACGGCAUCCCUGCCAGAAGAGCUCCCAUGGUGGAGCAGGCUGUCCAGACUGUACCACAGACCAGCACUGCCCAGAAAAGAGGGAAGACUGUAACCCAGCCACAAGGCAAACAGCCUACACGUCCCAGCCAGCGAUCCACCCGGGCUGGUUCCCAGGCUCAGAAAGAGAAUUUACCCACCAGUCGGGCCCUAUCUCAGCCAAGUGUCACCAAGACUCAAGGUCAAGGAACAGAGAUUCCAAAACAAAGGCAAAAACAAGGCAGUCGCAGGCCUAGAAAUCGAAGCAGAGGCCAACUUCUUGUGAAAAACUCGAAGGCUUCAACCUUGCAGUUUGAGUCUGAUUUUGAUUUUGAAACUGCAAAUGCUCAGUUUAAAGAUGACCUUACAAAGGAGGUUGUAGUUGAAAAUGUGGAUUCCGGGGAGGUCCAGGAAGGCCAGGUCAUGCUAGAGGAGGAAACACUGGGUGACAAGUACUACGACAAAGCAAAAUGCUUCUUUGACAACAUCUCAUCAGACCUCAAACCCAGGAGAACCACCUGGGCCGAGGAGAAAAAGCUUAACAUGGAAACCUUUGGAGUCCCAGGUCGCUUCCUUAGAGGCAGAGGAUUCAGGGGCCGAGGCCGUAGCGGGCAGAGCACAACUGACCAACGGACCCUCCCAAAAAUAGGCAGUGGGAGGGUGUGAAGUCAUUUUUCUUAUUUUUUCUGUAAAUAUUGUAGUUUUCUACUUAUUUAAAAAAAAAUACUCCCUUCUCCCCAUUUGAAGAUUUCAAGGAUAAUAUGAUUUUGUUUUGUUUCAGAGAUUUAAAUUAAGAUAAUUCUGAACUUUAAAGAAGUGUUCUAUGAAUUGGGAGAGCCAUUUGUUAAAAAUAACAGCUGUAUGCUGGAAUCAUAUUCACUGGUAAUGAUUUGGUUAAAUCCAAUAUAAAUUUAUCCCUUUAAUAGGCCACUAGGCACACUAUUUAGUUUUGUUGGUUAUUGUAUUUAUUUCUUGACUGUCAAAUGUAACUCCAAAUAGUUUUUGGAGGACAGCAGUUUAUUUUUUUUCCCCAAAACGUAAAUCAAGAAACUGUGUUGGACUCUUAACAGUUGCUAUUAAAUGAUUAACAGAG